GCCGUUUUGAAGGUUCGUGCCCCGAGUUCCGUUCCCGUGAGCCAGUUAGAUGAAAUUCGAGAGCUGCGUCAAAAGGUGACGGCACUUGUGCAGGAAGUGAAGCUCCGCGACAGUGAAAAGAAGGAGGCGGCGCGGCGCAUUGCGUUUCUCCAAAAGGCCCUGGAUAGUGAACAGAAUAACGUUAAGGAGCUGCAUCAUCUGCGUAAAACGAUGGAGCGUCAGGAACGAACCAUUGAACAGCUGCGGUUGUCUAGUGGAUCGCCGGCUCGACCGAAGCCAGACUCUUUGGCAGCAAAGAAUAGCAUUGGUGGUGGUGGUGAUAUCGAUGAAGAAGAGUUGAUUCCACAACUAAAGGCAAAUGAAAUGACAAUUGGGGCGCUAAACAAGGAGUUGGCGAUAUUGGAAGAAAACUACAGGGUGCUGGAGAGGCGCAGUGAGAAGGAACGGGAGGAGCUUCAGGCAGAAUUGGCAAGUGUUAGGAGCAGGCACCAAGCGGAACAAGAAGAAUGCAACACAGUUCUGGGGCGAGUUACAAUGGAACUGGAGCAAUUAGUGGCUGAAAAUGCACAGUUGAAGAAGCGUCUCAAGCAAAUGCAUGCCAAAAGGUCAUUGUAA